AUGUCUAGCCAAGAAAUCACCCUCGGCUGGGAGCUCGAACUCAUCGUCCACCUCCAACCCGGCGAACAAUCCGGCCUCGCCCUCGAAGCCCACAAACUCCGCGCCCUCGCACUGACCCUCGCAGAACAAGUCCCCAACCUCCCCAUCGCCGCCCACUGCAUCCACCGCCCGUCCGCCUCCUGCAUCAUCUGCGAGGACGCCCCCGCCGAGCACCGCCUCCCCCACGUCCGCGUCCUGAACCCGGCAACCCCUAUCCAGCUGCCCAACCGUCCCAUCGAAGACCUGUACUACUUCGUCAAGAGGGAAUGGCUCAACGUGCCCACCGACGACGACGGCGAGAGGCUCGCCCACGGCUUCGAAAUCACCUCCCCCAUCCUCUCCCAGACGGAGCUCCGCGCCGGCCUCCCCCAGACGAAGCAGAUCCUCGGCGCCAUCCGCAAGUCCGGCCUCCCCAUCUCGGCGCACACCGAAUGCGGCCUCCACUUCCAUGUAGGUGUCAAGAGCGGCAUGACGCUCAGCAUUGCCAAAAAGGCCGCCACCCUCGUCAUGCUCCUCGAACUGCCCCUGCUCAAGAAGUUUGCCUCCGAGGAGCGCUCAGAGAGCCGGUACUGGUUCAUCCCCAUCUCCAAGAGGUCAAAGUUCAUAUCUUUUGCAGACAGGUACCACGACGAGGUCACUGAUGCCAUCGCAAGCCCCGAGCUGCGCCAGCACGUGCCCGACUUGGCCAGCAUGAAGCCAGCUGAGUGGAACAGCAACGAACCCAAGAGACUGCACCUUGCCCUGAACGAGAUUUGGCUAACUGACAGCAUAUGGAGGCUCUCGAUGGGCCUCUUCUCGUAUGAAGGCCAAAAGGCCAGCUUGGUUCUGUGCACUCGCGAGAAGAACGGCGAAACCGCCUCGGAGCCUGCUCCUGGGACCACUGACAAUCUUGAAGGAACGCCGUCCACGCUCGAGUUCAGGUAUCCGCCCAUGAGCUUCGAUAUCGAUUUCGUCAAGUCUUGGGCCGAGAUUGGUUGCAAAAUCGUCGAGAUUGCCACGCGAGAUACCGCGGCUUUCCGCCAAGUGGCUACGGAUGUGCUCAAGGAGUUGGAGAGGAACGAUGCCUCCCAGUGGGAACGCCUUCUGAAGGUUCUCGACUUGGAUCACCAGGUUGGAUUUUGGAGGCAGCAGUUGGCCCGCUUUGAUGAAGACGAGCCGAUUCGAUUCCUCGACGAUGACGGCUUCUUGAUCCCCCAGAAGAAAUAG